AUGGGAGAACAGUAUCAAGUUCUACUUUACCACACCGAUGUUCGCUGGUUGUCACGAGGCAAGGUUGUACAUCGUGUCAUUGAGCUCCGAAAGGCUAUUCAGGAAUUUCUGGAACAAAAAGGAUCUCCUUUUGCUACCAAGUUCACUGAUAAGGAGUGGCUUGCUCGACUUUGUUACUUGGCUGACAUAUUUGCGGAGCUGAACAGUGGUAAUCUGCAACUCCAGGGCCGAAACACGACUGUCAUUGAUGCCCGUCACACUGUGGCUGCAUUUCUGGCGAAACUGAGACUCUGGAUUCGGCGCUUGGAGAAAGGAGUGAUCGCCCAGUUCCCCACCCUAGACCAGUUUAUUGAGGAGAAUAGUCAUGAUACUGGAUCUCUUCUACAGACCAUCAACAUAGAGAUGAGCGACCAUUUGAAGGGGCUUGAAACAAGCAUGCAUCACUACUUUCCAGAGAGUGACCAAGAAACAGCCAGUCUUCAGUGGAUCAUUCAUCCCUUCUCUGUACCUGAUGAGGCCAUUCAUGAUGAUGAUUUCCCUGCAAAGGAGGAGUGGAUCACAAUGCGAGCCAAUGAAGCCUUGAAAAUCGAAUUCCAAAACCAAAAUGCAGAUUCCUUUUGGAUUUCACGACUAGCCGACUCGCCAACUCUGUCUAAGAGAGCCUUGAAGUUGUUGGUAUCAUUCUCAACAACGUAUCUGUGCGAGAAGGGGUUCUCAACUGUGCUGGGGAUGAAAACAAAAAAGAGGACUCGCUUGAAUGUUGCAAACGAUGCCAGGCUGGCACUUUCAAUCACGAAGCCAAGAAUUCCUCAACUAGCUUCAAAUAUGCAACUCCAACCAUCUCACUGA